AUGUACCUCUACAUAGCUGUCCUCCUCGUCUGCGGCCUCGCCACCUACCUAUGGCGGUCCGAAUCGUCCCUGAGCGAACCCUGGGUCCCAGACGCCGGCGCCCGCCUCUUUGCGCAGCAACCUCUCCCUCCACCGCCUGCCGAGUCCUCGAUAGAUACCUAUACCCUGCCCCUGCGGACGCGUGGUCGUGACAUUGUCGACGCUACAGGCCGGCGGUUCAAGCUGGCCAGCGUCAACUGGUACGGGGCGUCAGACGAGCUCUUCGUCCCCGGCGGGCUGGACGUGCAGCACCGGCGAACCAUCGCGCAGACGAUCCGGCGGCUGGGGUUCAACAGCGUGCGGCUCCCGUAUGCCGACGAGCUGGUCAUCAGCAACCCGCACAUCCUGCCGCACCUGCUGGCGGCCAACCCAGACCUGGCGGGGCUCCGCGCCCUGGACGUGUUCGAGGCGUGCGUGCAGGCGCUGACGGACGAGGGCCUGGCCGUCAUCAUCAACAACCACAUUACACACGCGACCUGGUGCUGCGGCGCCGACCCAUGCGACGCCGGUUGGGCCAACGACCACCUGGGCCCGCUGUGCCGCAUCACCCAGACCGAGGAGGACUGGAUCCACCACUGGGAGGCGGUCAUGGCCCGGCUCGUCGACAACCCGCGCGUCAUCGGCGCCGACCUCCGCAACGAGGUCCGUGGCGUCUGGGGCACCAUGACCUGGGACCGCUGGGCGCGCGCCGCCGAGGCCGCGGGCAACCGCCUCCUGAACAUGAACCGCGACUGGCUGAUCAUCGUCGGCGGCACAGAGAGCGGCAACGACCUGCGCGGGGCACGCGACCGUCCUGUCGUGCUGGAUGUGGCCGACCGCCUCGUCUACUCGGCCCACGUCUACUCCUGGUCGGGCUGGGGCUCACGCGAGGGCCGCUUCGCCAAGCGGCCGUACCCGAGCUUUGUGCGCACCAUGCGCGAGAACUGGGCCUACCUCGUCGAGGACGACAUGGCGCCCGUGUGGAUCGGCGAGUUCGGCGCGCCUCACCAGCCGGGGGCCGGCGACGCCAACUACUGGGGCAACCUGAUGCGGUUCCUCAAGGCGACAGACGCCGACUUUGGCUACUGGGCCAUCAACCCGCGUAAGCCCAAGGACAACGCGAGGGAGGGCUACUCGCUGGUCGAGGACGACUGGGUCACCGCCGUGCUGGACUAUAGGAUGAAGGACAUGGGCGAGCUGAUGCGGGCCUAG